AAUUGAGGUGCAUUCUGGUUUCGCAAGAUAUAAUUAGUUGACAAUGAUAGUGCAGCCAGCCUCAUGAAUAACAGACAACUCUGAACACAACGUUACUCUAGACCUUGCGGCUUGCCUUCGUUAUCACUGCUGACGUGUUUAAUUUAGACAGAGCCACUAUGGAUAUGGAGCAAGUCUGAACGCGUUUCCAAUGGAUUCAAUUUCAGAUACUUCGGAUAUCUCUGCCAAAAGCAUCACAACACUAUUGUCACACAUUUCUCACUACUAGGCAUACACCAGGAGACGACUGGCUAUGCAGAGGAUAGGAGAGUUUGAGUUUGGCUCUAAGCUGCUGGGACAUGGGGCAUUUGCUCUUGUGUUCCGAGGACAGAGGAUUAAGGAUGGACUACCUGUGGCAGUGAAGCAAAUCAAGUUACAGAAUGUUCCAGGGAGACUAUCAGACAUCAAACAGAGGGAAAUUGAUAUUCUAAAGGACCUACGUCACCCCAACAUAGUACAGUUGUAUGAUUAUCGGGACGGUCGCUCUGAUGUAUACCUGGUGAUGGAGUACUGUAAUGGAGGGGACUUGGGCGGCUACCUCAAAGAUAAGAGAACGCUCUCAGAAGAUUCUAUUCGUAUCCUCACCCGGCACAUAGCUGGAGCUCUGGAGGUGCUCGUGUCUCAUCAGAUCAUUCAUCGUGAUAUUAAGCCGCAAAACCUCCUCCUCUCCUAUCCCAGUGGAGGAACAAAGAAGGAAAUGUCGUUUAGAGACGUCACCAUCAAACUAGCUGACUUUGGAUUUGCCCGCCACCUUGCCGGGACUGACAUGGCUGCUACGCUGUGUGGCUCCCCCCUCUACAUGGCUCCUGAGAUUCUCCUGGGUCGUCGCUAUGACAACAAGGCCGACCUAUGGAGCGUGGGUACCAUUCUAUUCCAAUGUCUCUCUGGGAAAGCCCCUUUCUUUGCGGAGGACCCUCAUGCUCUACGCAAGAAGUACCAACGGGAGAAACUGAUUCCCAAGAUUCCCACUGGAACCUCCCAUCCUCUCUCUCAACUAUUGACCUCUCUCCUCUGCAAGGACCCGGGGACACGCCUCCCUUUUGAUGGUUUCUUUACACAUCCAUUCCUGAACGAUGUGUCCCCAGACCCCACCCCCUUGCUGAGUCAGCAUGUCAAGUCAUCACCUGUGCCCAUACAGCGUCACAGACAUCAAUCACAGCAGCAGCUUGCAUCACCACAUCGUGGUUCGUCAGUGGACAUGUACAGUCUGUCCCCCUCCUCUGCCUCUGGUCCACCUCUCAGUCAUCAGAUAGGGUCUCACGGUUCAUUGUCUUAUCUCAGCCCCAACUCUGACAUCACUGAUCAGGGCUUUAUCCUGGUGGACCUUCCUCUCAACUCUGGGUCCCGACGCUACACUCGCUCCAACUCCACAAGCCCUGGCACUCACACACCUUCAUCCGCCCACACCACACACUCCUCCACCCACACACCGUCGUCACUCGGCUCGCUCACACGUUACAACAGCCUCACAAUGCCCUUCUACCAGACACGUCCCUCACAGGACACACCCCGUUCGACCACACCCACUAACAUUGACACCAGCUCUGGCUACCACUCACGUACUCACGGAGGCUCACUAUCACGAUCUAAUUCUGGCUGUGGGAAGUUACCGUUUGGACAGCUGAUUUCGCAACCGCCCCUCACACUUUCAUCACACCGUCACAGCCUCACAAACUCACCAUCACCGCUCUCCACUCCCCCCUCAUCCCUAACGUCCAAUCAGAUUCGAGCAGCAGGGAUACGAUAUUCCCUACCUACACACGGAAGUGCAGGACGACUCAGUUCACUAGUGGAGGGCGAAAUUAGCCGCGGAGCGAAGGGAGGAAGCAAACAAGGAAACAAGGAGAGGAAUAAUACGUACGAGAUCACAGCCAGUUGUGUACUAGUAUCGGACGAGGAGGAUGGGAAUUCCCCCACUGAUGAUUACUCUCUAGGACUAAACAUGUCGUUUAGUCGCUCUACAGAAGACCUAGAAGGCAUGACGUCCAUUGAAGUAGCCCAGAACACUACUAAGAGUGAUGCGCUCACGCUGGAGGGCAGUAGGAAUCGGUCAUCUUCAUUCACGCAACGCAACUCACAACUGUUUCAAGAUUUGGCUUCUAUACGGAACAGGUCUAACAGCCUCGGCAAAGAGAGAGGAUCUGAAGAGGUGACCUUUGGUGGCUCUGAGUCUCCAGAGAUUGCUUCCUUUCAGCUCCCGUUUUUAUUUCCCCCGACGACAGCGGAGGGGAGGUCAGACAAGACGAGUAGUAGUUUUCGUGAUGAUGUGCCAUGUUCGUGUUUGACUGGACUUAGCGAUAGUCUUGUGAUUGGACGAGAGCUGGUUGCCAUGGCGCAGGCUAGGCAAGGACCCAUUAUGCUUCUAUCCACCUCGACUAACUUAAGUGGUUCUGGAGUGGGCAGUCGCUCGCAGCGUUGCUCUGAGCAGUUGGUCCUGUAUGCCAAGGCAGUGUCAGUGCUGGAAGCUAGUCUGGUGGUGUAUGAGCUCAACAUGGCCACUGGGAACAAGGAACCUUCACCAAGACACAGACAGAUUGAGAGUGAGGCUCAUCAGCUUGUGGGGGUGUGUCUGGAGAAGGCACAGCUGGUACGUGACCAACUCUCAGAGUGUGGCAACAACAAAUCACUCAGUCAGGUAUCGGCUGAGAAGCUGCUCUACCUAGAAGCACUGGACAUGUGUAAGGCAGCCGUCCUGGAUGAGAAGUCGGGGGAGGCUAACGAAUGUAUCAAACGUUAUCGCAGAGCAAAACUCAUCUUUCAACACCUCCUGAUCAGUGCCUCCAGUCCGAGGGACAAGGCUCUGUUGCACAAAUAUGUGAGUACAUCCCAGCGUAGAGUGGAACUGCUCUCGUCACUGAGCAGCUACUGAACUACCGACAAACUUUAUGUUGCGUUGUGUUGCGUUGUGUUGAUUGUGUUCCUAUUUUUACAUCAUUUAUGUAGUUCCGUCAUCAUCAUUACCGUGGCAACCACUGCAUUUCAUCAGCCUCAUCAGUUUAUUGAUCAUCAUUAUUUUACAAUUGAAUUUUAAACUGUGUA